UCAGUACUCAAGUCAUCGUUCUCUAGUUCAGAGUUCCACAGCAGUUACAAAAAAACCAACACAGAAAUGGCCAAACUCGCACUUUGCAUCCUCGUGUUCGCCCUGUUCGCCUUGGCUCUGUCCGCCCGCGUCCCCCGUGAGGAGCCCGCCGAGCAGAAUCUAAUCAACGAAUAUAUUGACAAGGCCGCGGCUAGUAUCAAGGAACUUACUCAGAAGAUACAGGAAUUUGAACCGAAGAAGGCUGAGGAGCUCGCUAAAGAAGGAAUUAAUACCAUAACUACCUUCGUUCAAAAAGUUAACGAAACAUUUCAUCAGGCACCAGCCGCAUCCACCUAAGACGUUGUUGGUUGGCCAUAUAUCAUUACAUUGAAAACGACUCGAAUAAAUGUUUUAACUUUAACUUUAGUUGUUACAUACAUGAUAACUAAAAAAUGAAAUUAAAACGUUAAUUGUUUUUAGCACAAAACAUA